GGGAGGGCGAGGAGCAGGAGCAGGGAGGUCGUGCGCCUUUCUCAUGACGACAGCAUGCGUCCUCGGUAGAAAAACUAGAGCAUCUCCUCUCCCCUUCGCCUUCUCUCCUUCCCCCUUCACUCCCCACAGAUCCUUGGCACUGGGGUUGCCUUGGAAGCCGGUAACGUUGGGUGUGCGAGGGAGGGGGGAGGGAAGGAGGCUGUUUUCAGAGGAGGGAAAGGAACCGCCAUCGGACUCAACAAAGGACACGAUCUUUGGUAAGAUGGCUAGAGGAGAGAUCGGAUGCGACAAGGUCUACGAGGAUGACAAGUGCCUCGCCUUCCGCGACAUCAACCCGGUUGCUCCGACGCACAUCCUCGUCAUCCCCAAGCUCAAGAUCUCUCAGCUCUCCAGGGCUGAGCAAGAGGUCGGCAGCGAGCAGGCACAGGAAUGCCUCGGUCACCUCAUGCUCGUGGCAGCGCAGGUCGGGCGCAAGUUUUGUCCUCAAGGGUGUCGGUACGUGAUCAACGACGGCAAGGAAGGAUGUCAGUCCGUCUACCACCUACACAUCCACGUCAUCGGGACCAAGCAGCUCUCAUGGCCCCCAGGCGUGUAGAUGCGACAGGAAGGGAGCAGAGGAAGCAAAGUUAACGAUUUGUAUGUAUACGCCUACGCUACUGC